AAUGCCAGCUGACAGCAGCAGCCGCGCGGGCGGUGGCUCGCGCCAGAUCCACUGCGGACACUCGAGCUCCAAAUCCAGUAGCGCUGCUCAGCCGUUGCGGCAAUUCGUUUACGCGACAUUUGCAGCGCUGCACCAGCUUUAAGCGCACGUUGGGAGGAGCCCCGGACGCGGCCUGCGCCAGCGCCAGCCCUUUUUUGCUACCAGCGCGGCUACGGCUGCUUGCCACGAUUGCUGCGCUUUUGACGUGAUCUGUAGCGGUGUUUGGCGCUUACGGAACCCAGCCAAACAGCGCUAGGGCUUGGACCUGCCCCCGUUUACUUCUCCAGCUAUUUCAUCUCCUGUAACGUGCUCAGGGCGUAGCACGGUAAUUCACAACUGCAAAACACCAGUAGCGCACAGCUAACAGCGCUGCAGUAGCGUGGUACGGAUUCUCCUGAGUAUUUCAGGCCUUCUCCACACAGCUUUUGCAUACAAGUAUUCUCUUUGCUCCUCUUCCAAGCUCUCAUACACACACGCUCACCCUGUGUAACCUACUGCUUCUUUUGACAAGUGCCCAGCCAAGUGCCCUGCAAACCGCACCGCUUCUUCUCUGUCAAACUUCCACGCACAGCGUCUUUGUUCAUUAAGUCGUGCGUCCUUUGUGACACUACGCUGCGAACCCUUGCAAGGCUUGCUCAGACGAUACACGUGCUGCUUUGCCGGCCUUUCGCUUCCGAACAAAACCGUGGUCCAGCCCCGGUUCUUUGCAAGCUCUAAACCGUUCUACAACACGAGAUGGCAAAGUUCAUUCGCGUUACCGUGAGCAUCCCGGGGCCUCCCAAGGUGGAGGCGGACAAGGCCAAGCUGCGAAGCGCUUGGGCCCCCUUCCGGCCGGCGCCUCCGGCGCCAUACAAGCCGUUCAUGAACAGCCCCCCACGCUCACCGGCGUCCUCGGUUGCCGGCGCGCCCCUGCACCCCCGCCCACUGCCCACGUCCUCCAUUGAGACAUAUCAGUGGACAAACAAGUUCAUGCUGGCAAACCCGCCGCUUUUCUAUGUUGACCCCGAUGAGUCGGAUGCCGACCUGCUGGCAGACCUUUGCGACCUCUGCCAGGUCUCCUGCCCGAGCACCCCCUUCACGCCCGAGGAGGACGCUCGGGCCACCGCCAUCGCCAAGGCGAUAUGCUCUGGCGCGAUUGUGAGUGCCGGUAGCUCGUAGGGUCGAGCCCCAAAUAGCCAUCACCUACUAUGCGGCACUGGACCGAGCGACGUCGUGCGAAUCAAGCACGGUGGCUAGGACGGGUCGCCUGCUUUACGUUAUUUGCGCAAUCAAGCAUGACGGGCCGUCUAUUUGUGACAGGUAUACUGACGCGUUGGUGUAACUACGGAUGAUGCCAUGCAGACUACUUACCGCACCGCCAACGCCUUUGCGCGCCGGUGCUGAAGACUUGGUGGCUGACAUGCACGUGUGAAGCGAAUGCAUCCAGCUGUGCAAGCCGACCCGCUCGACUCAUACGGUACUGUCAAGACGGAGGACAGUUGUACAUAGUUUAUGAUGCGUAGUUGUGAAGUGUGAGUCAAUGUGGUUAUUAGCUAAGCGCUGAGCGGUGACAUCGUGACACCACCUGGUGUUGGCUGGCGGCUGCACGCCCAUCCACCGUGCACACCCUAAUACUGCCGUUAUCGUGCCGUGCCAUGCCCUGUGGCAAGCUCAGGGCUUAGGGUUGCGUGCACGUGAACAAGGAACCCCACUGCUGUGACGAGAUAGGUGUCACAUGACCACGCUGAAGUGCUUAAUAAUUAUUCUUGCUGAGAUAGUGAGGGCGCGCGGUGUUUAUUCAUGAUGAAAGAUGCGCGCAUACAUCAGUUAGUUGUUUUAGUACUAAAGUCCCGCAAGGGGCGCUAGCUAACUCUUGCAAUUGCAAGUUUAUAAAGUGACGCCCCCGUGAGAGGGCUUGUCGUGAUUAAUGCGUUUGGACUUCCUAGCUGUCGGGUUGCUCUUUUAUUGUGUUUGUGCCACUGCCGUCUUGCCGGCCGUACACGUGAUGGCGUGCCUAGCGUGCUUGGCAGGCUGCUUCCCGAGGAUAUGCCGUGAAGACACCCACAGCUUGCUUGACAGCUGCUGUAAUUUAAGGGCAAU